AUGUUUUCGCCUGGUGUAGCGGAAUUGCGGUCAUAUCCGGCUGCCCAAGGCUCUAGACUGAUUUUCAUCACCAUCGAAAGCAGGUCUCUGACGGAUGCAGCAAAGGCAUUGAAAGUGGUCGCCGAUGCGGGUAUCGACCACCUGGACCUUGUCAUUGCCAACGCGGGAGGGACACCGGUUCCUACGACGCCCUUUGAGAGCGUCAGUGCCGAUGAAAUGAUCAGGGACUACCAGGUCAAUGCUGUCGGACCGCUCAUGCUUUUCCAGGCCUGCCGGCCUCUCCUCUUGAAAGCUGCGUCAUCGAAAUGGAUAUCCAUUUCGACAGGCGGAGGUUCCAUCACCUUGAUGGGAACGAUCCGGUCACGGGACGGUGCAGCGUACGUGGCAGCAAAGGCGGCACUAAACUGGAUCACUCGGGCUAUCCAUUUCACAAAUGAAGAUCUUACUGCAGUUGCUAUCAAUCCAGGGCUUGUCGGAACAGACAUAGGCAAUUGGAUUGCCAAGGAAUGGGGUAUACCGCCGACUUAUACCAUUGAGGAAAGCGUCACGGGCAUGAUGAAUGUCAUCGACGGGGCAACUCGCGAAGCGUGUUCAGGCAAGUUCUUUAGAAGAGAUCCUAUGGUAGAGAGUGCUUGGCAAUUCAAGGUGAAGGCUUAUUGCCUCUGA